GUGCCUUCUUCUAGCUUUCAAAGUACUCAAUGUUCCCUUCUUGAAACGCUACGUUAAAAUAUAAAUCCCAAUUUGAAGUUUGAUUGUCUCCGGUUUAAACCAGCAGUCGUUGUUUUCUUCAGUGAAUUCUAGCUCGACGGCACCGCCCACCACUGUGCAUUCUAAUGGAGGCCGCUGCACGAAGAAAGUAAUGAACCGCGACUUUAUUAGCUUGCCUUAUUAAAGUAAGCUCCCACUGGAGGCGGGAAUCAGUUCACUUUGGAGAGAUCUUCUCAUUAUGUUGCCUCAACACUUGAAGCAGAUCAGAGUUCUAAUGCUUAACGACAAGGAAAACCUGGAAAGAACUUUGUUCAGACUAGAGCAAGGUUUUGAGCUGCAGUUCCGUCUGGGUCCCAGCCUGCAGGGGAGGAGGGUUAUGGUCCACACCAACUACCCUCUAGAAGGACACAAAUUCGAUCGAAACAACUUUCGUGUUUUGGCUUGGAACUACCCAACAGGAAGAGAGGAUGACUCGGAUAAGUACUGCUCUCUGGAGCUCAAGAUCGCUGGGUCCUAUCAGUACUACUUUGGAUAUGCGUUGCUGUUACGUAGAUUCUGGCUGCAGUUUGAUCUGAUCUCACUCAGUAGCUUAUUUAGAGACAUUGAGCGUUCAGGAGGAGGCUACAUCGUCGUCGACCCCGUCCUUCGUGUCGGCGCAGACAACCACGUCCUGCCGUUGGACUGUAUCACCAUCCAGACCUACCUGUCCAAAUGUCUGGGACACCUGGAUGACUGGCCGGAUAGGCUGAGGGUGGCCAAGGAGACAGGGUACAACAUGAUCCACUUCACUCCCCUGCAGACUCUGGGAGAGUCCAGGUCCUGCUACUCUCUAGCUGACCAGCUGAGCUUCAACCCUGAUUUCAGUCCGGAGGGUCAGAGCUACAGCUGGGAGGACGUGGGGACACUAGUGGAGAAGCUGAGGACGGAGUGGAACAUGCUGUGUAUUACCGACGUGGUGUACAAUCAUACUGCUGCUAACAGUGUGUGGAUAAAAGAGCAUCCGGAGUGUGGUUAUAACCUGGUGAACUCUCCUCACCUGCGUCCGGCCUGGGUGUUGGACAGAGCUAUCUGGCAUUUAACAACCAGAGUAGCAGAGGGACGCUACAAAGACAAAGGACUCCCUGCAGAGAUCACCACCGACAGCCAUCUGAAUGCCAUCCGCAGUGUGUUAUGGGAGGAUGUUUAUCCUAAGAUCAAACUGUGGGAGUUCUACCAGGUGAAUGUGGACCACGCUGUGGAGCAGUUCAAAAUCCUGCUGCAGAAUGGAAGCAAACCAGAUCAUGGUAAGACUGAAGGGAAGAAGGGCCUGAAGAUCACACAGGACUCGCACUAUCGUCGUUUUGGCAACACGGUGGACAUGGACUCUGCUCUGGAGACAUUCGUACCUCACAGCUCCUCCCCUCAGCACAUCGAGGACUGCUGCGGUUGGCUGAAACAGAAGCUGAACGAGCUGAAUGAAGAACAGCAUCAGAUCAUGCACCAGCAUCAGGAGCAGGCUGCCAACUGUAUUGUGGGAAACGUUCUGUAUGAACGUCUGGCCAACCACGGCCCCAAACUGGGUCCUGUUUCCAAGAAGAACCCUCUGGUCACCAGGUAUUUCACCUUCCCAUACCAGGACAUGACUCUGGAGCAGGAGCUGCAGCUGCUCGACCAGCAGGACAAAACGUCGCACUUCCUGGCUCACAACGGUUGGGUGAUGGGCGACGAUCCGCUGCGAAACUUUGCAGAACCAGGCUCCAACGUGUACCUGCGGCGGGAGCUGAUCUGCUGGGGUGACAGCGUCAAACUCCGCUACGGCAAAGGACCAGAGGACUGUCCAUACCUGUGGGCUCACAUGCAGAAAUACACUGAAAUCACAGCCCAGUAUUUCCACGGAGUCAGACUGGACAACUGCCACUCUACACCGUUACAUGUUGCUGAGGCCAUGAUAAACGCAGCCAGAGUGGUCAGACCCAAUCUUUAUGUGAUAGCUGAGCUCUUUACAGGCAGCGAGCUCAUUGACAAUGUGUUUGUUAACCGGCUGGGAAUUAGCAGCCUCAUACGAGAGGCCAUGUCGGCCGGUGACAGCCAUGAAGAAGGCCGGCUGGUGUAUCGCUACGGAGGCGAGCCGGUGGGAGCCUUUGUUCAGCCCAGUCUCCGCCCACUGAUGCCCUCCAUCGCUCACGCCAUGUUCCUGGACGUAACCCACGACAACGAGUGUCCCAUCCAGCUCCGUUCAGCUUUGGACUCUCUGCCCAGCUCUGCUAUUGUGUCUAUGGCCUGCUGCGCUACCGGCUCCACCAGAGGAUAUGAUGAACUAGUGCCACAUCAGAUCUCUGUGGUGAAGGAGGAGCGGUUUUAUCCCAAGUGGAACCCCUCGGCAGCCCCGACCUCCACUGGUGAGGUUGGAUUCCAGUCUGGCAUCAUAGCAGGAAAACUAGCUCUGAACAAACUGCACUGGGAGCUGGCUGCCCAGGGAUUCAUGCAGGUGUACGUAGACCAGGUAGAUGCAGAUAUCGUUGCCGUUACUCGUCACUGUCCCAGCACCCACCAGUCUGUUGUAGCCGUGAGCAGAACUGCUUUCUGGAACCCCAAAACCCACGAGUACGAUGCCAACGUCCCACCCAUGUUCAUACCUGGGAAGAUUGAGGAAGUGGUGCUGGAGGCAAGGACGGUGGAACGCCAAGCUGGGAGUUACAAGAAGGAUGACGGCUACAUCAACGGGAUGCCAGAAUACACUGUGGAAAUAAAGGAACAUAUACCGUUGGAGGAGAGCAUGGUGGUGAAACAGGCCGGGGUGACGUCUAAAGGCCGAUCAGAGUUUGUGCAGGAAAUCAUCUUCCAGAAGUUGACACCUGGCAGCAUCAUCGCUUUCAGAGUCAGUUUGGACCCCAAAGCCCAGAAACAGGUGGGGAUGCUGAGGUAUUAUCUGUCCCAGUUCAGCCCCAAGUACAGGAGAGGCAGCGUGGCCGAUGAAAACCCCCCAGACGCUCUGCAGAAACCCCUCGCACAGCUGAUGUCGAAGUUGACGUUAGCGGACAUGAAUGUGUUGCUGUUUCGCUGUGACACAGAAGAACAGGAGGAUGGUGGAGGCUGUUACAACAUCCCCGGCUGGGAGAGCCUGAAAUACGCAGGACUGCAAGGUCUGAUAUCCGUGCUGGCUGACAUCCGUCCCAACAACGACCUCGGCCAUCCACUGUGUGCGAACCUCAGACAGGGAGACUGGCUGAUCGACUUCGUCUCCAACAGACUGAUCAACAGAGAAGGACCGCUGGCACAGGUGGGUCAGUGGUUGGGAGCCAUGUUCAACCUCCUGAAGCACAUCCCUCGGUACCUUAUCCCCUGUUACUUCGACGCCAUCCUGGUGUCCACCUACACCACGGCCCUGGACGCCACCUACAAACUCAUGUCAAGCUUCAUCCAGAACGGCUCCAGCUUCGUUCGUCACCUGGCACUGGGUUCAGUCCAGAUGUGCGGCGUCGGACGUUUCCCCGCUCUGCCUCCGCUUUCUGCAAAACUAGACGGCGUCCCAUAUCGCAUCAGUCCAAUCACAAGCCAGAAGGAGCAGUGCUGCGUCUCACUGGCAGCAGGUCUUCCUCAUUUCUCUGCUGGGAUUUUCCGUUGCUGGGGCAGAGAUACUUUCAUCGCCCUCAGAGGACUGAUGAUCAUCCCUGGAAGACACGUCGAGGCUCGUAACAUCAUCCUGGCCUUUGCGGGGACUUUGCGUCACGGUUUGAUCCCCAACCUGCUGGGAGAAGGUCGCUGUGCCAGAUACAACUGCAGGGACGCUGUGUGGUGGUGGCUGCAGUGCAUCCAGGACUACACCGUCCACGUUCCCCAAGGACAUGAGAUCCUGCGCUGCCCUGUGACUCGCAUGUAUCCUACUGAUGACUCUGAACCCUGCAAACCUGGAGAGGUGGAGCAGCCUCUGUAUGAUGUGAUCCAGGAGGCUCUGCAGCGCCACCUGGAGGGAGUUUCCUUCAGAGAGAGAAAUGCUGGAUCCAAGAUAGACAUGAACAUGAGAGAUGAAGGGUUCAACGUGGUCGCUAAGGUGGAUCACACCACAGGUUUCGUGACCGGAGGAAACCGCUUUAACUGUGGAACGUGGAUGGACAAGAUGGGAGAGAGCGAGAGAGCGAGGAACAAAGGCAUGCCGGCCACUCCGAGAGACGGAGCAGCAGUGGAGAUCGUUGGUCUCAGUAAAUCAGCAGUUCGCUGGGUUGUGGAACUUCACGCUAAAGGACUGUUCCCUUAUGACGGCGUUAAAGUGGCCACUAAUGGUAAUAAAGGGUUCAUCUCGUACUCCCAGUGGAACCAGCAGAUCCAGCAGUGCUUUGAAGCAGCGUUCUGGGUGUCUGGGGACCCAGACGACCCCAAUGAGAAGCACCCCGACCUGGUGCACAAGAAGGGCAUCUACAAGGACAGUUACGGAGCCUCCAGCCCCUGGUGUGACUACCAGCUCAGACCCAACUUCACCAUCACCAUGGUGGUGGCUCCAGAGCUGUUCUCAGUGCAGAGAGCCUGGAAGGCUUUGGAUGUGGCUGAGAAGAAAUUACUGGGACCACUGGGAAUGAAAACACUGGACCCUGAUGACAUGGUGUACUGUGGAGUCUAUGACAACGCUCUGGAUAACGACAACUACAACCUGGCAAAAGGCUUCAACUACCACCAAGGACCGGAGUGGCUGUGGCCGGUCGGCUACUUCCUGCGGGCUAAACUCUACUUUGCCAGGAAGCUGGGAGAGGAAACUUACACCAAGACAGCAACUCUGGUGAAAAAUGUUCUGUCCAGACAUUUCACUCACCUGGAGAGGUCUCCAUGGAAGGGCCUGCCGGAGCUGACCAAUGAGAACGGCCAGUACUGCUCCUUCAGCUGUGAGACUCAGGCCUGGUCUGUGGCCACCAUGCUGGAGGUUCUCUAUGAUCUGUAGAGGAGCUCCCACGUCUUUCCCUCUAAGCUCUGUGGUUUCUGACUGGAGGCUCAGUGAAUCGUUGGUCCUGUUCUGGCGUUUAAUAUUCAGCUCUACUCACCGUCUGUUACUGAAACACAACCUGCCACCACAUUCAGACCCUCCAGGGUGUCUGAUCUCUGGAGCCCACGCUGGUUCAUCAUUUUCAGGUUCAGGAGCUCACCAACUAAUCUGUGUUCACCUGGAUGUCCAGCACCUGAGCUCACAAGUUGUAUGAAAAGCUUUGGUUUGUGGUAUUUCCAGCAGAACUUCACAGCUGAAAGGAGGGAACUCAUUUCAUCAGUUCCCAGAUCAUAAAUGCAGCACACUUCCAAUUAGAGCCGUUAUUUCACUGGUAAAUAGACCCAGCCGGUCCCACAGCCACACAUUUACUGUUACAUUAAUAUCAGGAGUGACAGAUCCACAUCAAGCAUUUAGUUCUGAAGGAAUGAAAUGAUCCUAAACUGAUCCCAGAUCUGUGAUAGGUUGUUUCUUACAGGUUACAUAUCAACACCAGCCACUGCAUUGAAGCCCUUUGACCCACAGCAGCUCGUCUCACAAAAAAAGGGCCGAACCUACUUUUAGCUGAUUUCUAAACAAUCAGAGAACAAGUGUUUUGUACUGAUGAUUUAUUUGUGUCCCUUUGUGCUUUUAAAUCCUCCCUCUGACUGUCAGCCUCCUGUCUGAAGUGAGCUUCUGGUUGUAGACUGGUUCUAGUCUGUAGCUAAACGUCCCGCCUUUAUAAAUGGUCUUCCACGUCACCACAGCUUCCCACCAGCCUUAUGAUGUCAAUAUUUCUGCUCCAGCAUCGUCUUCAUGUGGUGUGUUCCAGUUUUGUGCAUGGAUGUUGUUGUUUCUGAAGCUAGUGUGUAGAUGUUCCACGGAGUGAACUUUUACCAAACACGACACGUUUUCCUCAGAGAACAGAAAUAUGACAGAAUAGAAAUGAGCUGUAGGUACAUUUGAAGUGUGCUAAGAACAGUGGCUGUGUGUUUGAACUCCUGCCGCUCCAGCGGUGCUGUUGGUUCUGUUUUAAAGCCUCUCUGUGGUAAACGCUAGUGAAGGAUUUAGUGAAAAACUCUGAGGAUGCAUCCUGCUGUCAUCUGUAAUGUUGUUAUUUACUUGUAGCCGUGGACAAAGCAAAGCUGAAUAAAGUGUUCAGGAGUGGG